AUUUUUAAAACAACAACAUCGACACAACACCGAUAGACGCUGAAAUUGACGGACGAGGUUGUGUCGACGUUACAGCUCCAUUUGGUUUUGUAGCUGUGUGUUUUACAUUGCGAUACUUCUUCCCGGGCAGUAGAUGGCAACACCGCAUCCAAUACAACCACUUGAGUUUGGAAAGAGACACUCUCACGCGUAUUUUGUGGGCAUGGACACGGCUCUUCUCGUGUUAAACGUUGUAACUUCAUUUUCACAUUGAACAUUAAGCCGUCUCCACCGCAACAACUCGUCCGUGUGCGUCUCUCGGGGUCAACAGCAACCUUUUUAUGAACCAUGUCGACAGUCUUCUCUUUCCAGACGCAGCUCGUCUCCAUCAUGGACGCGUUAUCCAAAACAGCAGUAAUGGAAAUAAGCAAACUGGUGGAGAUCGAGUCGAAGAUGCUGAAAAUAGAGAUAACUCGAGGGCGGAACGAAAUCGCCUCCCUUACAGAGAAACUGCAGCUGAUGGAGAACUUGCUUUAUAUUGCACAGGGGGGCAGGCAGGACGCAGCAGCCGCAGCAUGCUCAGUGGUGAGGGACGGUUCAGAGGACAGAGAAUUGGACCAUGACAGGACAAGACCUGCCAUAAAAAGUGAGAGCCCAUGGGAAAGCAUAACUUCCUCCACUGAGAGGAGCAGUGUGCCUCAAGGUGGAGAACAUGCCGCAGCUGAACUCCAAAAUCCAUCGAAAGAGCAGCCUGAAUUGAUUGUGGUAAAGGAAGAGCCGACAGAGUUGGACAAUGGAGACACUGAACAAGAUAGGACAAGUGAAAACAGAAGGGAGGCCGUCACGAACACCCAGAAGAGUCCAGAAGUGAUGCAGCAUCCCAAACCCAUCACAGAACAUCAGCCGCCUCUGUUUCCCGACAGCUUUGUGAUCCUGAGCGCCCAGUCGUCUCUCACUGGACCAGUAAGGAGGGAAGCACAGUGGAAUCCACAGCUUGCACCUGCACACACAAACCUAGAGGCUGGGAAAAGUCUGGUUCAAAAUGUUGCCUCCCAAAGCUCUAGCAUGCUCAGGAAUAUGAAGCUUCACAACUUGAGGACCUCGGCCGCAAAGAGGUUCGGCUGCUUGCAGUGCGGCAAGAGCUUUAGAUGCUUUAGCCAGCUUGAAAUACACCAGAGAAGUCACACCGGAGAGAAACCGUUCAGGUGCACACUUUGUGGGAAGAGAUACGCACAAAAAGGGCACCUGUAUACACACCAGCGCACACACACUGGGGAGAAGCCAUACCGCUGUCCUAUUUGUGGAAAGGGUUUUAUUCAGAAAUGCACUCUCGAUAUGCAUCAGCGCACACACACCGGAGAAAAACCUUUUGUUUGUAUCAAAUGUGGCAAAGGUUUUACAAAGAACUGUAAUCUGAAAAAACACCUCGCAGUACAUCUGGAUCCUAGUUUGAACAUGUAUGGUAGUGAAUCUAAUGCUCCGACAUUUAGUGGGACAUUCGUUAAUGGAACCACAAGAAGAAGACGCGAGUUUACCCACAAUCCCGUGCGGCACAGCUAUACUGCAUAUUUGAUUAAAGAGCAACGUCGCUACGCCGGGAAUCUUGCCAAAAAAAUCGCAAUAUUCAGCCUCCCUGUCGAGAUGAUGUGCGACACCACAAACCGAAGUUUUCGGACGCAGUUAGCCGCCAUCCUGGACAAGCUAACGAAGUCGGCGUUGGUGGAAAUCGGCAACCUGGCUGACGAAUGCUCCUCCGUCCUUCACACCGAGAUAUCCCUGCACAAGACGGAGAACGAGGCGCUCAAGAAGAGGUGUUACUCGCUGGAGGUCCAGCUGAGAGCAGCGAGAGAGGCACAGACAUAUCCUACACAUCUCAACAACGUCAACCGCCGACACCCAGCAGAACAGCAGCAGCAGCCUGCUCCGGCCAUCGAUGGAGUUUUUGGAAAGGACUGGUGCAUGGAUCUGUGGAGAGAAGACAAACUCCCACCUCAAAGAAAAGACACAGUGGAGCCUACUGCUAUGACAAGCAUGGGGGCACAGGCAAUCGACUUACUGGAGAGAGAACCUGAUCUCAUCUUUGUCAAGGAGGAGAUAUAUGAUGAUCAUCCCAUUGGUCAACAGAUGAUGCUCACAGAUAACAGAAAAAUUGUUGGAAUUUUUGAGGAGGACAGCAUGCUUCAUAGAUCUGUUGAUGAGCUGCAGCUUCACUCAGGGGAAUUAAACAGCUUCCCCAUGACGGCUGACAGUCAAACACAACUACGCACACAGACAACAAUUAUGGACAAGUUAAUAGAUGAUGCAACAAUGAGCACUCUGGUUGACAACACAAAUCCUCCUUCAGUCACCGCUGAAUACUCUGACUAUACGAACAAUAUCCACAUGAACGCAACCAAAGAACUCCCCAAUCAGCCAAAACCUAUGAAGCCAACAAAACGCUUCGAGUGCUUAUUCUGUGGGAAAAUAUUCAACUAUUUGAGCAGUUUAAAAGUCCACAUCAGGCGACACUCCGGUGAGAAGCCUUUCAGCUGCUCAGUUUGCGGGAAGCGGUUUGCACAGAAAACGUACCUGAAACUGCACCAGCGCGUGCACUCCGGGGAGAAGCCUUACAGCUGUCCAGACUGUGGCAAAAGUUUCUCCCAGAAAAGCUCUCUGAACAUACACCUUCGAACACAUACUGGUGAAAAGCCUUAUAGCUGUGUGGAUUGUGGGAAAUGUUAUGCAUACAAGUAUGGUUUAAAUCACCACCAGUGUUUCAACUGACUGAUCAAACUCUGAACAGCUACUUCUAAAGUGCUCUAUGUAUUACUCAGAGUGGCUCAACAUGUGCCAAAAUGUCUACACAAAACUCAAACGUGGAUGAUAAAUACUCUAGUUAGUUAGUUAGUUCAUAUGGUUAACAGUGCUGCUGUAAGAUCUUAGUUUGUUGGGUGUUUUUAGCUUUAAUGCAGACAGAAAUGCUGCAGCAGCCAGACAAAGGUACAGAGAAUGUGUCCUUUCUAAUGUACCAUUUGAACUGGUGGGAUUUGGUUCAUGUUUUUGGUUUGGGGGGGUUCAUUGGCAAAGGUUUGAUGCCCUCAGCAAGCCUUUAAAGUGAAUUUCCCAUCCUGAUUGAAUGGAAGUGUCAUAAAUUAGAUGACACAUUUCAUUUAAGUCUAUUUAUUGUGAGUUGCUCAUCCUAACUAUGACAGAAUAAUACUUCUACUUCAUUCAUUGCAUGUUGUCAUGGUUGGUGUAACAUGUUAUACAUACCUCAGUAUCAUAUUUCAGACCACAAAAGGCUUGUGUCAAAUAAUGCCAAAAUAAUUACUUUACAUUGUUUGCACACAUGUAGCAUAAACCUUCAAAACUACCUCUUCUCAACAAUGUAGAAGUAAAACAACUCACUCUGUUUGCUUCAUUUCCCAAGUCUCAACGCUGCUCUAUAUUUUCUUUAUGCCAUGCCUCAUUUCUUGGCAUUUAACGUGAAAGAAAGUGAGUGGGCCAAUGUCUUUAAAAACUGUCAAAAAGAGAUGCUGAUGUGUGUGGGUCACAUAAAAGUUAAGAGUGAGAAAUUGUUCAGGUCUAAAUGUUGUUACUGUUCAAAUAUGUAUUUGGUUUUAGAAGACAGAUUGUGUUGUCAGUGUGUAGUCAAGCCAAACUAGUGUUUUUUUUCUUACUAAAUGUUAACCAUUUCUGUUAAAGAAAUCAUAUUUUUAUUCUGUACCUAACUGUCAUCAUGCUUAAACAGAGAGAUCUGUACUAGGCACCUAUUUUGCCUGUAAUAAUGAUCCCCCCCUCAACAGACCACACUGACCCAACUGAGUGCAUUAUCCCUUCCCAAAAAUGAAAUUGUGUGCUGUUGAUCACCCCCCACCCCUUUUCACUCACACCUGCAUGCCCCUUGCCCCUUGCAAAGCCCCAUCAGAUGUGCAUUGUCAACAUUGAAUAUGUAAAGACUCCCCUGAUAAAACUGAUUCUCUAAUUUUCAAGGCAACUUGAGUUUAGAUUAGACAAAGGAAUUAAUUCUUUAAAAGGAGAGUUCUAUCAAAUAAAAUUUUAAUCAACAAGUGAA